AUGAUUUUUUUUCCGUUAUUUUUUUUUUUAAACGAAGAAAAGAGUAAACUUUCUGUAUGAACUGUUAUGCCUGUACCUUCGACAUUCGAGCUUUUGAUACAUCUUGAACUGCUUGCAGGAAAACUAGUCUUUCCCUCUUCGAUCCUUCAUCUUGCAGCGAGGAAUAGGAAAGUCGUAUACCCUUGUUGAUCCGGCAGUCCAAUAAAUCUUGGGUAGCUCAUGUUUCCAUCGUAAAUCCUCUGACCUUCGACGGAAUGAGUGGAGGAAGCCGAGUAACGGCUCGUAACCGUACGAAGCCCCGGGCCGGCGACGGCGAUUCAUCUACAAAUAAUCAAGGAGCCACAGUCGGGAGAGGAAGGGGGAAAAGCCGCGAUCAUGGUCCUCUCCAUAUCAUGGACGUGAAGGUUCGGACGCUUCUAGGGAUAGGUUUUAGUUUCCUUGCUCUCUUUCUCGUUUCAUUCUUGCUCUACAAUCGCCAAGCGCGAACCGAGGAAGAUGUUGAGUUUCGAAAGUUGAAGAGAGUUGUCACACCCUUGCCCGCCCCCAGGAUGUUGGAUUUGCCCCAGUUCCAGGGAGGGCACAAGGAAAGCUUGUAUUGGGGUACGUACAGGCCUCAUGUAUACCUUGGGAUCCGUGCAAGAACCCCAAAGUCAUUAAUUGCUGGACUAAUGUGGAUUGGCAUGAAGGAUGGGCAAUAUUUACUACGACAUGUAUGCCAGGACUCUGAUGUUCUUAACACAUAUGGCUGGAUUGAACAUAAUGGUCGAGAUUAUGGUCGUCAGGUGUUGGUGGAUCAGGCUUUAUCUUUAACUACUAGUUUCUUAAAGGAGAAUGGAAAUGGUAGCGGUUUUGGAGGAGAUUGGGCUGUAAGAUUAGAAGCAGAUAAUGUGAAAUCUAUAUCAGAUGAAGCAAAGUGGAGUUCUGCACAUCUUUUCUUCUAUAUAGCUGAUGAGGAAGGGAAUUCUCUUACUCUAGGAAGAGAGGAAUUUGAAUUACACGAUGACAUUCUUUUGUCUUCUGGUUUGCGUGGGGAUGUCGGAGGAUGGGAAGUUCAUUUGAAAUCAAAGGAUAAAAUUGAAGUCCAUUACGCAGGCUUCAAGACACUCCACACGCACAACUUAACUGAGCUGGUUCAGGCCACUCUUGCUUUUAAUGCAAGAAGCACUGGGCUUCUCGCUCUACCAGAUGCUUUAGAAGGUUCUCCCAACAUCCUUGUUUUUCAGUUUUCUGUGAAGCUCCCUUCAGUUUUGGAUAUAGUUUUUGUAUCGGGAACUGAUUCCAAGAGCUCAAGGAUCAUUGAUCGAAUCAAUUAUCUUACAGGCACCAUUCUGACACGUAAACUUGAUGAGAGGAAAAAAUAUUUUGAAGACAAAUAUAAUAGAUGUUUUAACACAAUGGAUAAGGUUGACUCAGAGGCGAUGUUUGUUGGUAAGGCCGCAAUUGCAAAUUUACUUGGGGGAAUAGGCUACUUCUAUGGUCAAUCAAAAAUUGCCAUUCCCAAGGGCUUUACUCAGAAGAAUGGGGAAAAAAUCAUGUCAUACUGGCCAGCUGCACUAUAUACCGCAGUUCCAAGCCGCUCGUAUUUCCCUAGAGGUUUCCUAUGGGAUGAAGGUUUCCAUCAGUUGCUUAUUUGGCGUUGGGAUAUCGAGAUAUGCUUGGAUAUAAUUGGCCAUUGGUUGGAUCUGAUAAACGUGGAUGGUUGGAUUCCUCGUGAGCAAAUCCUAGGAGCUGAAGCUUUAAGCAAGGUUCCUGACGAAUUUGUCCCUCAACAUCCCUCAAAUGGAAACCCACCUACAUUAUUUUUUGUUCUUCAGGGGAAGGAUAAGUCCACUUUUUAUUGGCAUGGAAGGGAUAUUGCGACUACUAGGGAGCUAAACCCCAAGACUUUGUCAUCUGGUCUGGAUGACUACCCUCGUGCAUCCCACCCAAGUGAGGAUGAGCGCCACUUAGAUCUAAGGUGCUGGAUGCUCCUUGCCGCAGAUUGUUUACAUUCAAUUUCAGAGAUCAUUGGAAUGCAAAAUACAUCUGCAAGGGGUUCUUUUCUAACUCCUAAACAACUUAGAAAUUUUGAAGUCCUUAAUCAGUUGCAUUUGGAUGACGUUUCUGGAGCUUAUUUUGAUUAUGGAAAUCACACGGAAAAGGUUCGCCUGCGCUGGCAUGAUGUGAAUGUUGGGAAUACUGUGAAACGAGAACUUGUUCGAGAGACAUUGCAAAAACCUCAUUUGCAAUUAGUUCCACAUGUUGGCUACAUCAGCCUUUUCCCAUUCAUAAUGAAGAUCAUUCCACCUGAGUCCUGGAUUCUUGGAAAACAAUUGGAGCUUAUUUCCAACCGCUCAACCUUGUGGACUGAUUAUGGAAUUCGUUCACUUUCUAAAACAAGCUCCUUGUACAUGAAACGCAACACAGAGCAUGACCCACCUUAUUGGAGAGGCCCUAUUUGGAUAAAUCUAAAUUACAUGAUUCUUGCAGCCCUGAAUCAUUACUCUAAAGUUGAUGGACCUUGCAGGAGUAGAGCACAUGCACUAUACAAAGAGCUUAGAUCUAAUUUGAUCCGGAAUAUUGUGAAAAAUUAUUAUGAAACUGGAUAUUUGUGGGAACAGUAUGAUCAAGCAGGCAAAGGAAAGGGGAAAGGCACAAGACCCUUUACUGGUUGGACUACACUUGUUGUUUUGAUCAUGGCAGAGGAGUUCCCAAGCUUUCAGCUAUAAUUAUUGGUUGAGAAAAUGUAUAGCCUAGGCUUCUUGAUUCUAUCUAGUCAUUACUUCCUAAUUAUAUAAUUUAUAUGAGGGACCAAAUGUAAAAUGUAAAACAAUUUUGUUGCAGUUUCAUAAUUUAAAAUUAGAGUACUAAGGAUAUUAGAAUGAUGAGCAUUUGGGCUCAACUAAGUUAAAGACAUGCAUGUAUAACUAUGAGAAAUUCAAUAAAUGAAAGUAAAUGAGAUUCAUAAAAGGGAAAAA